AUGACGCUCGGCACGAUGCGCGCGGCGCGCUACUACGGCCGCGGUGACAUCCGGAUUGACACGAUCCCCCGCCCCCAGCUGCAGCCUGGCACCGUUGCAAUCGACGUCGCGUACUGCGGUAUCUGCGGUUCCGACCUGCACGAGUACGUCGAUGGUCCGAUCUUCAUUCCCACGUGCGGUCGCCCUCAUCCAGUAAGCAAGGAGGUGGCUCCUGUUACGUUGGGCCACGAAAUGUCCGGCGUGGUAACGGAGGUCGGCGAGGGCGUCGACCACGUCAAGGUUGGCGACUCGGUCGUCGUCGAGCCAUACAUCAUCGACCCGAAGGUUGACACUGGUCCAGCGAACGACGCAUACCACAUCUCCAAGGGGAUGGGGUUCAUCGGACUGUGUGGGCGUGGUGGAGGGCUUGCAGAACGUAUCGUGGUCGAGAAGCGCUGGGUGCAUCCCGUUGGCGAUGUUCCUCUGGACGAGGCCGCUCUUAUUGAGCCACUGAGUGUUGGAUAUCACGCUUUCCAGCGGAGUGGGGGAAAAAAGGGCGACUUUGCCCUCGUCACUGGUGCUGGACCUAUUGGACUCCUCACGGCCGCCGUGCUCAAGGCCGAAGGACUUAUUGUGGCCAUCUCCGAGCCUUCGGGUUUGAGGAGGCAGAAGGCGCAGGAAACCGGCGUAGCAGACCACAUCUUUGACCCGCGUGAGACCAACGUCGUCGAGGCCAUCGAGGGCCUGCGUCCCGGCGGCGCAGAUAUCGCUUUCGAAUGCACCUCGGUCCAGCCGGCGUUCGAUACGCUCAUUGACGCUGUGCGCCCACGGGGCGUUGUUGUGGUGGUCAGUAUCUGGGGCCACAAAGCGCAGAUGGACAUGCAGAAGCUCGUGCUCAAGGAAAUCGACAUUCGCGGUACGAUCGCCUACGUCCACAGCCAUCCUGAGACAAUCAAGCUCGUCCAGAGUGGUCGAAUCAACCUCAAGCCCUUCAUUACGGGGGUUAUUGGGCUGGACCAGCUUGUGAGCGAAGGCUUUGACACCCUCAUCCACCGUAACGAGACGGCCGUCAAGAUCCUCGUCGACCCGAAGAAGAGAUAG